GCAUUGCACAGCCGCAGUUACCCAGUUUCAGGGAAGGGUUGAAGGCGAGACUUUGGAGAUCCUGAGAAGAGCAAUCCCUGUGUAGGAAACCAAAGAUCUUUCUUCUUCAAAGAUUUUAGUGACUUUAAAAGCACUGUCACCGAAUUCUUGCUGAUGGUACAGUAUUUCUGCUCAGAUUGCUCUCUCCAAAUAACGAAAACAUAAGAGGCAUUUAAAAUGUGGAGACUUCCCAAAUAUAUUCUUUCUCUUUUUAUCCUAACACGAGCAGUUAAUGCAACCAGUAAGUUAUUUGGGGAAAAUGACCAAGUUAAAAUGAUUUCUGAGGGCUCAGACUGUCGUUGCAAGUGCAUCAUGAGACCACUGACAAAGGAUGCAUGCAGUCGCAUCAGAACCGGGAGUUUACGUUUUGAAGACUUCUACACAGUUGAAACUGUCAGUUCUGGGACGGACUGUAAGUGUUCCUGUACAGCUCCCCCAUCAUCUCUCAACCCUUGUGAAAAUGAGUGGCGAAUGGAAAAACUCAGGAAACAAGCUCCAGAAUUCUUUAAGUUGCAGUCACUGGUUGAUCUCCUGGAAGGUACCCUGUAUAGCAUGGAUAUGAUGAAAGUUCACACAUAUAUACGAAAAGUAACAACACGGAUGAAUAACCUUGAAGAGACGAUCAAAUCAAAUCUGACCAGAGAAAACGACUUCAUGAAAGAAAGUGUAAAGACCCUCUCAGAUCAAAUGAAGAAAUAUGAAAACUACUCUGAUAUCAUGCUAAGUGUAAAGAAGGAAAUUUCUAACUUAGGCCUGCAGCUGCUACAGAAGGAUGCAGCUGUGGAAGAUAAGCAAAAGAACACACCUGGAUCAAUGGUCAAAGUUGUAAAAAAAUAUUCAAAUAAAGCAGAAAACAAAAAAAAAGUACCAGCUCAAAAACCUCCUCACAAAGUGCCAAAAGACAAAGGAAUUAAAAUAAAGAAGUCAGUUACAAAAGCAAAAUUAGUUGCAUUACCAAAAGUACCACAACCUACUAUCAAGACCAAGCCUGGUAUCCAUCAGCCAGGUAUUGUGAAAAGUGUUACCUACUACAAAGCAGGAAGUCUUGAAGAAAUGGGAAAUAGUGGCAAAAAUAAUUCAUUGAAAGGAACUUCACGUUCUGAGGAUCAGAAAUCAAGAACAGCAGAAAAAACUCAGAUUUCUCAUGAUUUUGAAGUAGUUGACAAGAGCACAAGCAAUAUAACAGCUACUCCAUUCUCUGUCACCAGUCGUGCCACGGCUACUGCUACUGCAACCACAAGCUCUGGCUCCAUAGAUGCUAUCAUGCUCACCAACAAGGAGGCAAGCACUCGAUCUCCUGGUCCAAAUAAAGUCAAAGGUGAGUGUUAUGGAACUUUAUCAAUGAUUGAACCUCCUGAGAAACAUCACAGUUAUGGCCGCAAUGAGGGUGCCUGGAUGAAAGAUCCUAUAGCAAAAGAUGACAGGAUCUACGUGACAAACUAUUACUAUGGAAACAACCUGGUAGAAUUCAGGAACCUUGACAAUUUUAAACAAGGCCGUUGGAGUAAUCUGUACAAGCUUCCUUAUAACUGGAUUGGAACAGGACAUGUUGUUUAUAAUGGGUCAUUCUAUUACAAUAGGGCUUUUACCAGAAAUAUCAUUAAAUAUGACAUUAAGCAGCGGUAUGUAGCAGCCUGGACUCUUCUUCAUGAUGUGGUAUAUGAAGAUACAACACCAUGGAAAUGGCGAGGACAUUCGGACAUUGACUUUGCUGUUGAUGAAAGUGGCCUGUGGGUUAUUUACCCUGCCUUCUAUUAUGAAUACACCCAGAACGAAAUCAUAGUCAUCAGUAAAUUAGAUCCUAUUGAUCUUUCAAUGAAAAAGGAAACAACUUGGAAAACAGACCUCAAACGUAAUUCUUAUGGCAACUGUUUCAUUAUUUGUGGUGUUUUGUAUGCAGUAGACACUUAUAAUGAAAAGGAAGGCCAAGUGUCCUAUGCAUAUGAUACUCACACAAACACUGAAAUAAAUCCAAAGUUGCCUUUCAUCAAUGAUUACACCUACACGACACAGAUUGACUAUAAUCCUAAAGAGAAAGUUCUGUAUGCUUGGGAUAAUGGUAAUCAAGUCACUUAUAAGAUUAUUUUUGCAUUUUGAGUUGAUACAGAAGCUCAACCUAUCACAAAGCACUUUGCCUAAUUUUGAUUAUUUACAAAGAAUGGGAAUUUGCACUUCGGCUAGUAGAGAAAUAUCUAUGGCAACUCUUGUCUUAUAGCUUUAUGAAUAAGAAUACUUGUGUAAAAUGUAUUAAAAAUAUUGCUGAUCAUUGUAGACAAGUGCUAUGUAAGAUAUAAGCAUUUUCCCUUCAUUUUAUGUCAUUCCAACAUCAUCUAAUAUUUACUGACAAACGAUAAAACAGCAAAGCUUCUUUCUCCACAUGACGAUCUCAGAUGUCAAUAAGGAGGAACUGCAUUUCAAAUUCUCAUGUAAAUUUCUUCAGAACUAGCACAGUGGAUUAAUGCAUCCUUGAAACCUCACCAACAUGGGGUUCACUUCAUAAAAUUCUCUCAGUAACAUUCAUGUUAAGUAUCAACAGCUUGAUUAUAUUUGUAGAGUG